AAACAGGCACUGGCGCUUCAGUUGUUAAGCAUCUCUUCCCCAAUCUAUGAACAGAAUCGAAGCUCUGUCCUCGCCUUCACCGCUGCCACUCAUUUGGUUUGGGGUUUAGGGUUUUGAAUUUAGUGGUUUGUCUCGCUUGCUAAGUCCUAAAGUACGUGUCAGGUGUUGAACUGCGAAAUACAACCGCAAAUAAAUCUGAAACGGUGAUGCAUAAAGAAAUGAAGAAGCCAUAAGCUACUUCGGUAAUUCUCUCCUGUGCCUAAGUUCAAAGGAGCUAUACUGUGAAAUCUUCAGUCGAAGAUCUUAUUUAUAAUCUCAACUCAAUUAAUGAUGUCAAUACCAUCUAAAAAUACAUGGAUAAAGCAGCAGCAAUGCCCGUGUGGGGAUUGGAAAUGCUACAUUACAUACGAAGGAAAUGCUGAAGAGACCACCUUUACAUCCCAAUCAGUAAAGCCGGAAUUGUUUCCAUCUGAGGCUAUGGUUGCCCCUUAUGUGGGUAUGGUGUUUAAGAGUGACUAUGAUGCAUUUGAGUAUUAUGGAAAUUUCGCAAGGAAAAAUGGUUUCUCAAUAAGGAAAGAGCGGUCAAGAUUGAGCCCUCAAUUAGGGGUUUAUAAACGAGACUUUGUUUGUUAUCGCUCGGGGUUUGCACCAGCUCGGAAGAAGCCUUCCGUCGAACACCAUAGAGAUCGGAAAUCUGUGAGGUGCGGAUGUGAUGCAAAGAUGUAUCUGUCAAAGGAGGUUGUUGAUGGAGAUUCCCAGUGGGUGGUUGUGCAAUUUAGUAAUGUUCAUAACCAUGAAAUUUUGGAAGAUGACCAAGUACGGCUCCUCCCUGCAUACCGAAAGAUUCAAGAGGCAGAUCAGGAAAAAAUUAUCUUGCUUUCCAAAGCUGGGUUUCCAAUACAUCGUAUAGUAAAGUUGUUGGAGUUGGAAAAGGGGAUUCAAGGUGGACAACUGCCGUUCCUGGAGAGGGAUGUUAGGAACUUUGUUCAGAACCGAAAGAAAGUUGUUCAGGAAAAUGAUGCUUUACUCACUGAAAAAAGAGAGAAUGAUACAAUGGAACUUCUCGAGGCAUGCAAGCAUUUGAAAGAGGCAGAUGAAGAAUUUGUUUAUGAUUUUACUAUGGAUGAUAAUAAUAAAGUUGAGAAUUUUGCAUGGUCAUAUGGUGAUUCUGUUCAUGCUUACACAAUGUUUGGUGACGUGGUUUAUUUUGACACUACUUAUCGAUCAGUCACGUAUGGUAUGUUUUUUGGGGCAUGGCUUGGAAUCAACAAUAAUGGGAGGACCAUUUUCUUUGGUUGUGCUCUAUUACAAGAUGAAACAGCAUGUUCUUUCAAAUGGGCUUUACAGACCUUUAUUCGUUUUAUGAAGGGAAGAUGCCCACAAACAAUCAUAACUGACAUUGACCCUGGGCUUAAGGAUGCCAUACAAAGGGAAUUACCAAGCACUAAACAUGUUACUUCUAUAUGGAAUAUCCUAUCCAAGUUAUCAAGUUGGUUUUCUCAUCCUCUUGGCUCUCGGUAUGCAGAAUUUAAAUCUGAAUUUGAUGCAUUAUACCAUGUGGAGAGCACAGAGGACUUUGAACUUCGAUGGAGUGAAAUGGUUUCUAUGUUAGGACUUGGCUCAGAUAAACACAUAGCUCUGCUGCAUUCUUUUAGGUUAUCUUGGGCAGAAUCGUAUGUGAGAGGUUAUUUCCUUGCUCGAAUGACAACAAUGACAUAUUCAAAAUCCGUGGAUAUAUAUUUGAAGAGAUUCUUCAGUGUGGAAACGUGUCUACGAAGCUUUUUUGAGCAGGUUAGUAUCUCUGCCAAUAUCCAGAACCAGGCACAUCAAGAGGCACAGUAUAUGCUCACCAAAACAUGCAUACCCAUUGAAGAACAUGCUCGUGGUAUUCUUUCACCUUUUGCUUACCAUGCUUUGCAGCAUGAGUUGGUACUAGCCAUGCAAUAUGCCAUAUCUGAAAUGGCUAACGGAUCAUAUCUUGUACACCAUUUCAAGAAGAUAGAUGCUGAGCGUGUUGUUAUAUGGAUGCCAGAAGGUGACCAGAUUCACUGUUCUUGCAAGGAAUUUGAAUCUUCAGGGAUUUUGUGCAGACAUGCUCUUCGUGUGUUGUUUGUGAAGAACUAUUUUCAACUUCCUGAAAAGUAUUUUCUGAGUAGAUGGCGACAGGAAAGUUCUAUCGUAUUGUAUGAUGGCCAUGAGGUACAACAUAACAAUGAUGGAUGGUUCCAGGAAUAUCAAUCUCUCACGGAGACUCUGUUUAGCGAAUCAUCAGUUACAAAGGCGCGUUCUGCAUAUAUCCGUAGGGAAUUGCCAAAAGAACUUAUGAAACUUCUGAAUGAUGUUAAAGAUAUGCCUGAGAGUGAUGGAGUUGCAAUGGAUUUUACAAUUUCACCAGCAGGUUAAUUUUAGAUUCGUGGGAGUUGACGACUUGUUAGAGGUAAAUAUGGAUGUUGGAUGCUUCAAUUGAUGAAGAGAAGAGGCACCUAAAAGUGAAUUCUAGCCAAUGGAUGAUGCGAGGGCCAAAACAGGGAUGCAUUCCCCAUUGUCUAUGCUGAAGAAAAAGAGACGAACAUAAUCAUCUACUGGAAUACUGAUAAUUUUCUUCUCUUCAUGGACUCAAAGACUUUACCUCGUGAUAAUUGCUGAGGGCUGCAAAAAAAUGUGAAAAGACAUAAGGUGUUCUCAUAAAAUGUCAGAAAUAUUACUUCUUUGGUAGUGAAAUUGCAAGUAAAGCAAUGUUUGAAACAUCUACCGGUCUUUACUCAUUUCAACCCAACUCGUUUUUCUUGCUGCUUGUUUGGUGUUGUCAGCUCAAGAUCUGCGUGAAUACUUUAUUUUGAUUGCUUUCAUUUGAGUUCAGUUACUACAUUAAACCUACAAAUAUUGAUCUUAAAAUUUAUAGCUGAAAGCAGUUGUACUAUGGCAA